UGUUGAAAAUGUUGCCAUUCCUCUGCUGUGUCGCAGUCGUUGCAAAAUGCAAGUCAAGGAAAACGCUGAUCAAUUGCUAACCACCUACUGAUGAAAGGCCUUUGUUUUAACUAAAUGAGAAUUUCAAAUUUAAUAGGUCAGAGUAAACUGUGAAGACUGUUCUUUUGGCUUUCUUACAAAUGCUGCGGGCCAUCGAUUGAGAAAUGCAUGGUUCACGAUGCUUGUCUGCGUUCUCCAUUGACUGACGGGCACCAAGUCUUCAUAUUUCGCUUUCAUCUUGCUAACCACCGAAAUUGAUGUCUCCUGUUGUUAAGUGAACCGCUAGAGCAAAGAGUCCGAAAUUCACAGACUAAUGAAAUUCUCAAUGUUCAGGACGCCUCUGUUCCUUUUCUUCUUCCUCCUCCUAAACCUCACAUCCUCAACUGAAGAUGACUUCACCUUCAAUGGCUUCAACAGCGCCAACCUCAGCCUCGACGGAAUGGCAUCGGUCAAAUCUAACGGCCUCCUUCAGAUUACGAACAACACACAUAUGAAGGGCCACGCUUUCCAUCCAAUCCCUCUUCAUUUCAAGUCUCCAAACGGUAAAAUUAACUCUUUUUCGACUACUUUUGUGUUUGCAAUUAUCCCCGAGGUCUCCUAUCUCGGCGGCAACGGCAUCGCCUUUGCAAUCUCCAAAACCACUGACCUCUCCAGUGCUUUAGCAAGCCAGUACUUAGGUCUGUUCAAUACAAGUAACGAUGGCAAUUCAACCAAUCACAUCUUUGCUGUUGAGCUUGACACCAUCCAAAACCCUGAGCUCCGUGAUAUCAACGAUAACCAUGUCGGGAUUGACAUCAAUAGCUUGAUAUCUAACAAGUCCGAUACCGCCGGUUACUUUGAAGAUGGGACUGGCGUGUUUAAAAACUUAUCUCUGAUCAGCAGCCAACCGAUGCAAGUUUGGAUCGAUUUUGAUGGAGAAAAUAUGCAGCUUAAUGUUACCUUAUCUCCGAUAAAAAUGCCUAAACCUAGUCGGCCUCUCUUAUCGUCUGCCAUUGAUCUUUCAAGCUUGAUGCUCGAUUCAAUGUACGCUGGGUUCUCUUCCUCAACUGGUGCUUUCCACACUAAUCAUUUUCUUCUGGGGUGGAGCUUCAAGAUGAACGGAGUAGCUAAACCGCUGGAUUAUUCAAAGCUUCCUCCACUCCCUGUUGCUAAAACCAAAGGCAAGAGUUCAGAGCUCUUGGCGAUAACACUGCCAGUUGCUUUGACUUCAUUUUUGCUCGUGAUGUUUGCUGCCAUAUUGCUCAUAGUGAAGAUGAGGAAACAAUAUGCUGAGUUGCUCGAAGACUGGGAGCUUGAGUAUGGGCCUCAUCGGUUUUCAUACAAAGAUUUGUUCAGAGCAACUAAAGGGUUCAGAGAAAAAGAGUUACUUGGUGCCGGAGGCUUUGGUAGAGUCUACAAAGGAGUUUUGCCUAGCACUAAACUAGAGGUUGCAGUUAAGAAAGUAUCACAUGAAUCAAGACAAGGAAUGAAAGAGUUUGUAGCUGAAAUCGUUAGCAUUGGCCAGCUCCGCCACCGAAACCUAGUUCAACUCCUAGGCUACUGUCGUCGCAAAGGGGAGCUCCUCUUAGUUUACGAUUUCAUGCCCAAUGGCAGUCUCGACAAAUUCUUAUACAACCAAGUUGAACCUACUCUCAAAUGGGCUCAAAGGUUUCAUAUAAUCAAAGGAGUAGCAUCAAGCCUCUUAUACCUACAUGAAGAUUAUGACAAGGUUGUGAUCCACCGGGACAUCAAAGCAAGCAAUGUGUUACUAGACAGAGAAUUCAACGGGAGGCUCGGAGAUUUUGGCCUUGCGAGAUUAUACGACCAUGGUACUGAUCCUCAAACCACUCAUGUCGUCGGAACAACAGGAUAUCUUGCACCGGAGCUUUCAAGAACUGGCAGAGCAACAACUGCGACCGAUGUUUUUGCUUUCGGGACUUUCCUUUUAGAAGUCGUUUGUGGAAGGAGGCCGGUUGAGCCCAAUAAGCAAGGAGAGGAGUUGAUCCUUAUAGGUUGGGUGCUUGCAAAAUGGCAAAGGGGACAAUUGAUUGAAACGAGGGAUGCGAGAUUUGGGGAUGAGUAUUGCGAUUAUGAGGUUGAGUUGGUUUUGAAACUUGGGCUGUUGUGUUCGAAUCCAAUGGCUGAGGGCAGGCCGAGCAUGAGGCAAAUAGUGCAGUUUCUUGAGGGAGAGCUGCCGAUGCCAGAGCUGCCGGCUAGAUAUCUGAGCUUUUGCACUCUGUCUGCGUCUCAGAUCGAAAGGUUUGAUUCUUAUGUCAAGUCGUCUUCGUCUUUGGUGGCCAGCUUUUUCUUCACUCUCGGGAGGUAGAUGGGAUUUAGGUUCUCGUUUGCAGAAAUGGUGGGUGAUUUCUCUCGUUGUAGUAGGAGUAUCAAUUGUCAUGUUCCGUAUUGGGCUUUAUGGUAUCGAAGAAAAUGUAAAUGAAAAGCAAUGCACAUUGUUUGCUUCCGAUAAUAUACAAGAGAGAGAGGCAACAAAAUUCUGUAUCAUAA